ACGAGUACUUCUCCGUUUUGAAUAUUCCAAUCAUCAAUGGCGUCCAUUUUAUCACACUCACCGACCCUUUUAACAAAUGGUCGUUCAAAUUGCCAUAGACUCCCACUCUCAACUCCAAGAACGCAUUUUUCUUCACUGCAAUACCGGCCAAUUCUCAAAAAGUCAGAGUCUUCGCUCUCAUUUCAAACUUUAUUUCAUCUGAGCCAUCCCCAAAUCAAUGCGACGAGAAUUUCAUCAGAUGAUUUUCUUGAGACAAUUGAAAAGGAUGAGUCUUUGUUGGGGUCUGAAGAAACUCCAUUGAAGUUACUAUUUUGGGUCCUGUUGUGGACAUCUGUGUCUCUUGGUUUGUAUGCAUUUUCUGGGGAUGCUAAAGCUGCUGCAGUGGUUGGUGGUGCUGAUUCUAUCAGGACUUCGGGCUUUGGUGUGAAGGUUGCUAAUGCAUUGCGGGCUUCAGGCUGGCCUGAUGAAGCUGUUGUCUUUGCCUUGGCUACGCUUCCAGUAAUCGAGCUCCGAGGGGCUAUUCCUGUUGGUUACUGGCUGCAACUCAAGCCCGUGACGCUAACUGUCUUGUCUAUUCUUGGGAACAUGGUUCCAGUACCCUUUAUCAUAUUGUACCUGAAAAAAGUUGCAACGUUUCUCACUGGUAAGAAUCAAGCUGCUUCUCGAUUCCUAGACAUGUUAUUUGAGAGGGCGAAACAGAAGGCAGGUCCUGUCAAAGAGUUUCAAUGGCUUGGUCUGAUGCUUUUUGUAGCAGUGCCGUUCCCUGGAACAGGAGCUUGGACUGGAGCCUUUAUUGCCUCUAUAUUGGACAUGCCAUUCUGGCCAGCUGUCUCGGCUAAUUUUUUUGGUGUCAUAUUAGCUGGGCUUCUGGUAAACUUACUGGUUAACCUCGGACUCAAAUAUGCCGUAGUAACUGGUACAGUUCUUUUUAUUAUCUCCACAUCCAUGUGGAGUAUCCUUCGUGGUCUCAAAAACUCAUUGACCUCAUCAAAUUGAUGCAAGGUCCGGGCAACUGGGAUUAUUCUUCUCAGCAGACUAUAUUAGAUGGCUGUAUUGCUGACGUUUGUCAGACACUUCAUCGAUGAAACAUUGAUCCAGCGCUCUAAAACUUCCACAUCUUUCAGAUUCAUGCUCUGUUCUUUUGCUUAUUCAUAAACUGCAUAUUCAUGGCCAAGAAAAUGAAAUGCGUUUAGAUGUUUCUGGAUAUCAAAAACAUGCUAUUCUUGGGAGUUAUUACAAAAAUCAUGUUUCUAUGAUCUUAAAAGUUCCCUCAGCACACGGGCCACAUCUAUUCUUCCAAUCCGUAUCAAGGAUGGUUCUCGAUGCUCAGGAAGCACAAGUACUCUUACUCAUUUCCGGAACAAUCCCAUGUUGUUUCAUUAGAUUCAUACCAUCUCAUCCCUCUCGCAUUUUCUUUCACGCAAUGGUAAAACGGCUUUAUGUUUCAUUGUGUUUUGCAACGAGCACAUUAAAGGGGUUUCUUCCACAUCAUGUCCUUCAAAAUUUUAUAUCUUUUCACUUGCUAUGGUUGAAUUGCUCACUGAUA